AUGACAGACUAUAGUCUAGCUAUAAUCUUACAAAAAUUGAGUUCUCUCAAGAAUACCAUUCAAGAAAUUAAAGGAGAAGUAAAAGAUGUCAAAGGCAAAGUAGAAAAGCUCGAUGAGAAAGUAGAGAAACUGCGAACAGAAAAUGGUCAUAUAUUUGAAAUGAUAGCUAGAAAUGAGAUUGCUAAAAAACAUGGACAACAUUAUUCGGAAUGUUUCGUAGUCUUUGAUAUAAAUGGCCUUGUUAGGUUAUCCACACCAAAAGAAAAACUUUCGUCUGAAGAGUUGGAAUAUGAAAACCAGGCUUCUAUUUUGGAACAUAGAACGAAUAAAAUAGCAAACCACAUUUUUGUAAGUGAUGACUCGUAA